AUAAUGCAAAUUAAUGCUCUCACGCGCCGUGGGACGGAUGCACGCUGCUGCUCAGUGCUGCUGGCCCACGCGCUGAGAUCACUGUCCCGUCGCUGACGUCUGUGUCCCCUCUGCUACCAGUGGCCUCCUGCCAUAUAUAUUCAUGCCGGGCAAGAUGGCGGCGAUACGGACGAGGUCUUAUUGCAAGUGGACAUAAACAGGCAUUUUAUUCAAAAUAGAAAAGCGAGGCAGAUAUAUUUACCCACUUGGCCGUAUUGUGUAUGUAUUUGCCGCGCAACGAGAGUCGACGUAUUUUUAUUCCACGCGUUUCAACGAUUUUUUCUUACAAAAUGUUCACGUUGUAGCUCGCUCGCUAACCGACCAGCUGGCUAACACAGAGCAGUUAAUAGCUAACGUUAGCUAGCUAUCUAUCACAGCCAAGCCGCCGUGAAGAGUAGAAUGGGAGAAAAGCUGGAGCUCAAGCUCAAAUCGCCGGUUGGAGCAGAACCUGCUGGCUAUCCGUGGCCAUUACCAGUAUACGAUAAACACCAUGAUGCUGCUCAUGAAAUCAUCGAGACCAUUCGGUGGGUGUGUGAGGAGAUCCCAGACCUCAAACUGGCAAUGGAAAACUACGUACUCAUUGACUAUGACACAAAGAGCUUCGAGAGUAUGCAGAGGCUUUGUGACAAGUACAACAGAGCCAUCGACAGCAUUCACCAGCUGUGGAAAGGGACCACCCAGCCCAUGAAGCUGAACAAGCGUCCUUCCAAUGGGCUGCUGAGACACAUUCUGCAGCAGGUUUACAACCACUCAGUGACGGACCCGGAGAAGCUGAACAACUAUGAGCCCUUCUCACCUGAGGUGUACGGAGAGACCUCUUUCGACCUGGUGUCUCAGAUCAUUGACGAGAUGGAAAUGAUGGAAGAUGACACCUUUGUUGACCUCGGCAGCGGAGUGGGGCAGGUAGUGCUGCAGGUUGCAGCAGCAACCAACUGUAAACACUACUAUGGGGUAGAGAAAGCAGACAUUCCAGCUACCUAUGCAGAGACCAUGGAUAAAGAGUUUAAAAAAUGGAUGAAAUGGUAUGGGAAGAAACAUGGGGAGUACACACUGGAGAGAGGUGACUUUCUAUCUGAAGAAUGGAAAGACAGGAUUGCCAACACGAGUAUUAUUUUUGUGAAUAACUUUGCCUUUGGUCCAGAAGUAGAUCACCAGCUGAAGGAGCGCUUUGCUAACAUGAAGGAAGGUGGGAAAAUUGUAUCCUCCAAACCUUUUGCACCUUUAAAUUUUAGAAUAAACAGUAGAAACUUGAGCGAUAUUGGCACAAUAAUGCGUGUGGUGGAGCUUUCUCCACUCAGGGGCUCCGUGUCCUGGACUGGAAAGCCAGUUUCCUACUACCUGCAUACCAUAGACCGCACCAUACUUGAAAACUAUUUUGCUAGUCUCAAAAAUCCUAAACUCAGGGAAGAGCAAGAGGCAGCUAGGCGACGUCAGCAGAAGGAUACAAAGGACAGUAAAAGCAAUAGCACCACACCCACAAAACCUAAAGAACAAAACAAGCAGGACUCCUGUGGUGAGGAGGAGCGUCCUAGCUUGGUGACAGUGGUCAAGCCCUCUGCCAAACCCCGAAGAGCCCGACUCCUGGCCAAAGGUCGCAAGUUGAACAACAAGAAACGUGGUCGACCCAAGAAAGCUGCCCCAGCUGCAGAGAAGAAAAACAAGAAGAACCAGAGCGCUUUGGAUUUGCUGCACGCCAAGACCCUUUCUGCAGCACCCCCUCAGGAUGCAUACCGGCCACCUCAGAGUCCUUUCUACCAGCUACCUCCCAAGGUCCAGCACUAUCCCUCUAGUCAACUGCUGCUGAGCCCGACUCCUCCUGGUCUGCAACAACUGCUAGAUAACAUCAAAGUCCAAUACCUCCAGUUCAUGGCCCACAUGAGGACUACUCAGUACCGCUCCAACUUGCAGCAGCUUUUAGAGCAGGAAAAGCAAAAACACAGGGAUCUGUCAGGGCAGGCAGAGCAGCUCCACUCUGUCUGCCAGUCUCACAAGGACAAGAUCAAAGGUCUCUUUCAGACCAAACUAGAUGAGCUGGGAGUGAAAGCCUUGACUGUGGAGGACCUGCUGCAGGCCCAGAAGGAGAUAUCAGCCCACAAUCGUCAGCUCAAAGAGCAGACUAAGCAGCUGGAGAGAGACAUGGCCUUACUGAGAGACCACAGUCUGCUACUGCUGAAGUCUCGAUGUGAGGAGUUAAAGCUAGACUGGGGCUCUUUGUGUCUGGAGAGUUUGCUGAAGGAGAAGCAGGCGCUACGCAGACAAAUCUCUGAGAAACAGAGACACUGCCUGGAGCUGCAGAUCAGCAUUGUUGAGCUGGAGAAAAGUCAAAGGCAACAGGAGCUGCUUCAGCUCAAAUCCUACAGCCCCUGUGAGGACUCCCCAUACAGAAAGAACCUGGAGCCACGCUCUUCCACAGACCUGGACUCCUCUAAACUUACCCUGUCCUCAGCCUCAGCCCUCAAUGGUGUCAGCCCAGAGCUCUCUAUCAACGGCACCAGCUCACCCUGUUUUGACCGGGCCAACACCAAAGGGGAGCUUCUUUCUCGCUACCUGCCGAUCUCUCCAGAUCACGAGAUUGUACCCGCCACACCUGAUGUGCGACAGAGGCAGCAAAAUUCCUCAUAUGCUCUUCCUGAUUACACACGCUUCUCGCCUGCCAAGAUUGCCUUGCGGAGGCAUCUUAACCAGGACCCCACUGCCUCUGCUAACCUGAGAGGUCCAGGGCCGACUGCGCAUAGGGAAUUGGGUGGUGUUAACUCUCCGCUUGGAGCCAAACAAAUCUGCCCCUCUCCCAGUGCAUCUGAUACCCAGAAUACUCCUAGAGGUUCUGAGAGGGGUGGUAAGGAGAGGAGCCCGUCAGUUCAGGGUGACAACAGCAUUACAAGCCUUCCAAUAAGCAUCCCUCUGAGCACUGUCCACCCCAGUAAACUACCAGUCAGCAUCCCCCUGGCAAGUGUGGUGCUGCCCAGUCGGGCUGAGAGACUGAGAAGUACUCCAAGUCCUGUGUCUCAGGCAAAUCAGACCAACGGAUAUUCAGGGCUGAUGAAUGGAAGUCUCCAUCCUGAGGACCAUAAUGGUGCUUCUUCAUCACCUUCUCCACACACCAACACUCUUUUGACGGGACCAAUGGGCCGAGGAGGUUCCAUCCAGAGCCCCCCACUCAGUACUGGAGGGGUGCUCCAGUAUGCAGAUGGACCCCCAAGGAUUCUUUCCGAAGAUGGAAAGGAUCACCAGGGAGGUGAAUCUGACACUGAGCCCCAGGACAGUGAACUGCGUAGAAGAAUCUUCUUCUCUUCUUCCUCCUCUUCUUCCUCCUCGUCCUCUUUGUCAGGCAGUGGAGGCAGUGCAGCCGGAGGAUCACGCCUCCACCAUCACGCUGGUAACUCAGCCAAGCAGGGAUACCAAAGUAACCAUGGAAACCACCACCACCAGUCCCCCGGCACACAGCACGCUCAGCCACCCUCUCACACGUCAUCAUCACACUCCUCUCACAGCCUCGGUGCUCAGGAGGGACGUAAGCGGGGGAGACGGAAGCGAAGUUCUACGGUGGCUGUCACGGCUAGCGGGUCCCCAAAGAGGAGGUCAUUUCCUGGACUCACCUCAAACAACCACUCCUCAGGAUCACCACUCAACAUUAACUCCAUGGUGAAUAACAUCAACCAGCCUUUGGAGAUCUCUGCCAUCUCCUCUCCAGAACAAUCAAGCCGUAGCCCCAAUGGGCCUGAUUUGGACCAGCCUCCCAUCCUGAAGAGAGAACGUCCUCUCGAGCUCAAUGGCACAAGUCGUUACUCCUCAGCCCCCAGCUCUGAUGAUGAAGACUCGGGAUACCCUGCUGACAGCUCCAGCUCACGAAUUGAAAGAAAAAUUGCUACUAUAUCCUUGGAGAGCAGAGACGGACCUGGUAGACUAGGGGAGAGUGAAAGAGGCAGGAAAUCUGGUAGCAGCAGUGGCAACAGCACAGGCAGUGACGCCUCAUCUUCGUCAUCCUUGUCCUCUACCAGCAAGUGGAAAUCCACCUUUUCACCCAUUUCUGACCCUAAGCAGCCAAACUCUGACCUGAGACAGGGGGGCUCUCCGUUCGGCAUGGGGGGGUCGAGUCGCGGCACAGACUCUGAUUCUGACCACAAACAGCAGCAUCAGCAGGUGAGGAAAGGGAGUGAAGGAGAGUCGUCCAGCUACAUGACUGCCAACCCCUUCCUCAGUCAGGAAGCAGGAACCCGUGUUGGAGGUGGCGGGUGUGGUGGUGGUGUGCAGGGAGGCAGUGUUUCAGACCAACGCCAGGCCCUCCAGAAGCAGAAGGCUUCCCGUGAUUGGGAACUGAAGACUAGCGGCAGCUUGGCCAGUCAGAACCUCUUCAUAUCUGCUGCUGCCAGCAGUGGAGGGGGCAUACUAAGUGGGAAGGUGGGGGGCAGUCCUGUAGCAGUUUCCUCAACCGCAGGAUCAUCUGUGGGACAGUACUUGGGAUCUCAGUUCCCACUCGGAGGGACCUCAGUCUUACAAUCCUUGUUCGGGGCCCAGACAGGCGGAUCCACAGUGAGUGGAACCCCACGACUCGUCAACGGACACUCUGCCCUGGGAACUUUCUCCAGUGCUGGGCUGGCAGGUGGAGCGGCUGGAGGUAUAUUUCACCACGUGGUUCCCACAGUGUCCUCCCAUCAGUUUGGGACGACGCUGCCCACCUCUGGAGGCCUCAGCUCUCUGCUCAGUCUCUCCUCUUCCUCUACUUCCUCCCAAACCCAGCAGCACAAUACUCCCCAACCAGCCUCCACGCGCCUGGCCUCUGUGUCCUCAACUCUCCCCCUCUCCCUGUCCCAGGCCCAGCACAGCCGCAUCCAUUCAGUCCUGCGUAGCCCUUCUCCUCCCACGCUCUCCCUGCCUCCUCCUCCACCCCUGCACAGCGUGCCCUUCUCCUCCGCCUCCUCCUCUGCAGCCACACACUCCGAUGCCCCGCCAUCCUCUCGAUCAGACUCCCUCCACUCCUCCCGCUUGUCACACUCCUCUCUCCACCACCAGAGAGCCCAAUCAUCCCUCUCUCUUUCCAUCUCUUCCUCCACCUCUGCCUCCUCCGCUUCUGUCUCUGUUGUUGCCACCGCUGCUUCCCUGUCGUCCUCCUCCUCUUGUCUGUCAACCUCCACCUCGUCUCGUCCAUUCGCAGUUCACUACUCCCCUCGACAGCCCCCUCCACCACCAGCCAGCAGCUCAGGUGGUGGCGGGAGCAUGUGGAGGACUCAGGGCAUGCAUGGUACCUACACCACCUCCCAGCUGCCUGGCUCCCGACCUAGAUAGGGUUUGGAGGUGAGGGGUUGGGGUGGGGUGGAGAGGGGAAGGGCAAUUGGCAAUCACAGGGUGGAAAGGGGGAGAGAGUGAAAGAAAGAAAGACUGGUAGGAAGUGAGAGAGACAGGAUACCUGUUUUCCCUGUGCUCCCACAAGCUGUUCUGAUUGAACAAGGUAAUUGAUGAAAACUACCUCAACAUUAAAUAAACUAUGCAAAUGUCCAGGUGUGGACCAAGGCACUCUCCUCACUCACUGGUGCUUCAAAAUGUCUGCACUACCCAACCGCCUCCAAGACUGGCUUCUGUACUGGGAUCUCUGACACACCAACACACACACACACACACUCUCUCUCAAGGGGGGUGGUGGGGGAUGUUUGAUCCCCACUCACUCCUGUAUCCCGUGUGGUAGCUCGCUGCCAUUGGUGUGUGAGUGUGUGUGUGUGUGUGUGUGUGCAUAGGUGAACGAGUGGCAAAAACCUUGUAAAGCGCUUUGGAUAAUAGCGCUGUAUAAAUGUAGCCAUUUACUCACACACACACACACACACAAAGACCGCCACUAUGGUAAUUUUGAGCAGAAUUCACAGAUACUGGUCGUGUAAAAAUGUUGUCUCAAUGUCUGGUUCAACAUUAAGGUGCUCAGUUGUAUGAUAGUGUGUCAGUCUGUUUGUCUCAGUCACUGUUCCAACAACUAGUGUUCAGCAGUUUUAUCUGUUUUUAUUGACACAAUGAAGCACACAGUCCACCUUUUUAGGCUGAAUGUCAACAGAAGUCACGUUCCCUCCACAGUUUCACUUCGUAUUUGUGCAUGAGUGCAACACACAAGCGACACAGACCAGUUCACUGAACUCUGCUCAGAUGUCAUGCAGCUUGCCUCUCUGCAUGCCUGCUCUCUUAUCUGUUUUGUUCUUUCAGUGAAAUUCAAUAUUUGUUGCAACUUAGUAGAACCUGAAACAAGAUGAGGAACAUCUGGUCUUACUUCACACUGGAUAGUUAAGUUACUCGUGUAGCAGAAGAUGUACAAGUCCUGUCUGGUUUGUUGACACCCCUUAAACUCUGGUUAAUGAUGGUUGGUUGAAGAUUUACAAUAUUGUCAUAUUUAAGAAAACUGAAAUAUGGGUACGUACUCUUCAAUCUGUUAAAAGCAUAGUGGUACAACCACUGUAAAAUGAUUUUCUGCCCUGUUUAGCACACAGAACUAAUAUUUACUUUCUUUGCUACUGACUGGAGCAAAACCAGUGAAGUAUGCCAUGUUACUAAAAUAAAGGUGUGGUUCAGUGUUUCUCUUCUAAUACCAGAAUUUUAACAUAUCAGUGUAAGUAUGUUUGUUUACUGCAAAAAUAAUUGUGACAGCGGUCUGGUGUUUUGCCGUUCUCUAAGUGAACUGAAGAAUGAUGUGCAGUGAAGUGUUCUGAAGUCUGAACACACGACUUGCUUCUGAUUUCAGUUUGAGUAUGUGAUGAAUUAAUUUAUUUUUAUUAAUUAAUUAAGAACUUUUCAAGGGGUGCCAAUAAUGCUGAGCAGAGCUGAGUACAUUUUCAUGUUUUUAAAAAGACCCCAUGAAGUUCACUUAAUGAGAUGGUGGCCUGUGUAGAUGUGAUCAGUCACUGAAUAGUAUAGACCCAGUGUUGUCAGUGAGAUGAGUGCUUUAGUGAAGCUGAAACCAGGUGUAAAAGAAAUACAGUAAGAGGGUAACUCAUUUCUGUUUUCAUUAAGAUUUUCUUCUUCAGUCAAUUGGGUAAAUCACACUACCAUGUGGGACCGCAGCAGGAAUUCUUAACUCUUACUAAGCUAAACUUAUUUAUCUCUGCUGUUUGGAAUUGCCAGAUUAAGCAAAUGUUUUAGGACUCACAUGUAUGUGGAAUUGUACUGCAUUCAGAUCAUACAAACACACGUACACACUCACACACUCAUGCAUGCAAAUCCUCACACACUGAGAAAACAGUAAUCAUAACCACAGCGAACUACUGGACUCUCUUCACACCUAUUUGUUUGCUUUUUUUAAUUGUGUAAUUUGUAUUUUUGUAAAGAAUGUUUGUACUGUGAAUGUGAUUCAUUCUCCGACUGUAUAGUUGUGUAUAAUUUAGAUUAUUAUAUUUAUGCCGUCAGUCUCUCCAUUUGCCUUGGUAUUUGUUUUUCCUUUUUUUUUUUUUUUUAAUCCUGAAAUGUGUUGACAUUGUAGAAUUCAACAGUGUGUGUACUUGACUCACAGUCUGAAAACAAUGGUGCUACAUUUGGACUGUACCUGAUCUUAUUUAUUCUAUAGUGAAAACAUCAAAAAACCGUUCGAAUACGUGGUGCUGUACACAGGGACAUUUGUAAAGCUGUUUCCGGCAUUUCCUUUCUCGUAUUUAAUGUUUCUAUUGUCUGGUUCUUUGAAUGCCUAGUGUACAACUGUGAGCACCACCUUUACAUAAAACUGCUCUGCAACAGCUGGCUCAGCUGUCUGAGCAAACAGGUAUGAGGACCUCUGUUCAUGUUUCUCACGCCACAGUUUUGAACAUAAGUCAGCCUGCUUUGCUCUCAAAAGUGAGCUGCUUAUCUGUUAGUGAACGAGACACACUGUUUUUGUACAUAACCUUUUGAUUUUCCUUGUUUGUCUCUCCAUCAUAAAUAGAAAGGUAUAUAAAAAUGUAUCUAUAUACAGUCUAUAUAUAUAUAAAUAUAUAUAUAUAUAUAUAUAUAUGAGUAUAUAUAAGUGAAUAGGGGUGUUUUGGUGCUGCAUUGUGACCUUAAACUCAGCCUGUUAAACAGGAGGCUUGAAGCCAAGGAGAGUUAAGCAUUGCACACAUAUGGUGCCUAACAGCGUGGCAACACAACAGCACCUGAAUCCUUGUGAUAUACACACACACACACACACACACACACACUGACCACAGAACUAGAAACUCAAAAGCUGCGUGUUUUUACUGCAAACAAAAGUGCUGUGGCUUGGAACACGACUCCAGCACUAGAACUGUCUUCACUUUUAUCGGAUGUUUUCACAUAUUUGUGUCUUUUUUUUUUUUUUUUUUAGCAAUCUAGACUCUGCAGGAAAAAAUGGUGCUUCUGUUUCCAAACAAUUCAGAUUUUACCAACUAAAUCUCUACUGGUGCAUACAAAACUAUGUGUCAACCUCUUACACACAUACUGUCUGUCUUUAGAUGUCUUACUGUCAAGGCCCUACCUUGUAAUGUGAGCAUAUUGUGUAAUUGCAAAGACAUGCUGAUGUAGAACACUUGUGUUGGGGUGCAUGUGUGCAUCACUUUGGUUAGGAGUAAGAGCAACCAAGCUUCCUUUUUCUCUGAUAGUGAGAAUACACUUAAGCUCAGUUUGUAAGUGUGUAUGAGCGUGUGUGCGCGUGUGUGAGAGCGAGUGUGUGUGCUGUUUUUUUUUUCCACUUGCCAGUGCAUAUCUAAGGGAAGAUUAGACUAAUAAUGAAAGCUUUAUUGUAAACUCCUGUCCUGUGCACUCACUUCUCACCUGCGAGUGUUCAAGUGAAAAGCGGAAAGUCGUUUUAGAACAUAAUUAGAGACUGUAGUCUGUUUGUUACCAGCACUGAGAGGUCUUUUGUAAUUAUUAUUGAUGCUGUUUUGAUUUUCUUAUUCUUGGUGUUUGAUACAACUGCAGUUACAUGUUAUGCUUUUAAUUGUGUCUUCGUAUUUCUGUCAGUUUUUAAUACUACUAGUCAGACGGACAGCACGGUGCUCUCCUUCACUUAAAACAAGGAAAUUGCAGCUAUUGAUAAAUACUACUCUUUUCCUGUUGUGCUGCAGGGUUUUAUGGUUUAAUAAUCUUCAACACGAGCUUGCCUGGCAACUUUCUUACAGUCCAGUCUAAUCUACGGAAGUUUCUCUAAUCUGGAGGGGCGAUGUGGUGUAUGUGCAUGUGAGAAUAGUUUGUGGGAAUGACAAAAAAAACAUUACGUUCAUUACCGAUUUCAACCAGUUGUGUAGCUUACUUGUACAAUCAGUCAAAAAGGUGAGGUGCUGUUAUUCAAGUCCUUUGGUAUAUGAGCAUGAUUAAAGCUUCAGUGCAGUUCUCCAGCAUGUUCCAUCCUGGUACAUUAUUAAUCUGCGAGAGCUUUGCGGUCGAGGCUGUUUACUCUAAAAUCCUGCCAAAGGUCUUAACUCAGGAACUCCCCAGAUUGUUUGAAAUCACGUAAUGAAGUGAGCAGUUUUCUAUUGCAUGUCACAAACUUAUUCAACAUCUUGUGGCAUGAUGAAGUCCCUCUCUAACCCAACUCAGGACCAGGACGAACCCUUCAGUAAGUGUAUUUCAAGGUAAAAUUAGCCAGUCGUCUUGUCAGAUCUCUUCAGAUUCAUUCUCACUGUCGCAUACAUCCAGCCUCUCCGGUGAACUCCAGCUUUAUAAAGCUUUAUGAGUCGGUCUGAUCUCGAGAAGCUGUGAAAUGGCUACGACUUUCAGCAUCUUCCUCAUCUCACAAAUGCCUCCGUCUAGAUCUGUGUCUCUAAGAAUGAGGUUCACUGUCCUUUGUUGGGAUUCUUCCCAUUGUUUUGGGAGGUAAACCGACACUGGACACGUGGACUACAGUAUGUGUAUAGUGAUCUCUGAUCGGUGCAGCCAGGGCAGGUUUGAGGUGCAAUAAAGGCAAACCUACUUUCCACAAGGCCCUGGGUUUUCAUGAUAAAAUUGUUACUGUUCGGUGUUGGUGCUUUUAUCCUAAGAUGUUAUAAUGAAACAAAUGGAAUUAAUGUUUUUUCUGCAUUUUAUGAUUAUUAAUAAAAAUGUUUCAUAUAAUGUUUGAAUUAA